AUGAAGUGCAAAAAGAUGCUUGAAGAGUUGAACGUUAAGUUCUCUCUCAUGGAUGCUAUUCAGAUGAUUCCUUCAAUGCGCAGUCUUGUGAAAGGGCUGAUCUCCGGGAAGACUUCUGCAGACAGCGACAUCAUGAUGGUCUCGAAAGAAUGCAGCGCAGUCCUUCAAAACAGAACAGUCAGGAAAUUGGAAGAUCCUCGAAAAGUUGUCCUAUCUGUUCAGAUUGGAAAAAUAGUCUUCGCUUGUUCUCUGUGCGAUUUGGGUUCCAGUGUGAAUCUCAUGCCCUACUCAGUUGCAAAACGCAUGGGACUAACCAACUUUAAGCCAACCAAGAUUUCUUUGGUGUUCGCAGACAGAUCAGUCAAGUUGCCAGUAGGUGUUCUUGAAGAUCUGCAAGUUCAAAUUGGUGACACCACUGUUCCUGCAGACUUCGUGGUUCUAGAGCUCGAAGAUGAACCAAAAGACCUUCUCAUUCUGGGCCAUCCUUUACUGUGCACAGCUGGUGCAAUCAUUGACGUCCGCAACGGGACGAUCGAUCUCCAACUGGGAGAUAUUGUGAUGAAGUUCGAGAUGGAUGAGCUUCUCAAACGACCUAUGCUAGAUGGUCAGAACUUCACGAUUAGCGACAUGAAUUCCGCCUUGACCCCUCAACAAGGGAUGAUCGAAGAAAUCUUCGCAGAUGAUCCUUUAGAAGUAGCUCUGAUACGAGUAUAG